GAUAAGAACAAAGCACACAUGGUGCUGGAGCACACAUGGGUUGAAUUUAUAUACUCAGUCAGUUUGUUGUUUUAUAAUUUUUGAAAUAAAAUAAGUUAAGUGUGAAUUACAAUGGCGAAUACAUCUGAAUCUGAUUCUGAAGUAAAUUCUUCGGACGAGGAGUUACAAGAAGCUCUUGCAUCGGGUUUAUUAAAACCUGGUCUCAAUGCUAUCAUUGAAACGAACAAAAGAGAACACAAGAAUAAUGUAACUUUGAUGAAGAAGAAAUUAGAAGAAAUAAAAUUAAAUUUGCCAUGGAUAGAGAGGUUGGAUAUGGUCAAUGCUUUGGCACCAUUAGCGCCAGAGUUGGUGCUUCAAAUGCAAGAACAAGAAAUAAGACGUGCCAAACAGUUACAAGGAAAUAAAAAAUUACCUCAAUUUAGUCCGUCAGAAGAUCCUGUUUUAAAUGAUUUUCGUAGAGAAACAAUGUUUCAUCGGCAAGCACAAGGUGCUGUUGUUGAUGCCAUAGCAAGAAUAAAGAAACUCGGUAUCCCAGCUAUUAGACCAGAUGAUUAUUUUGCAGAAAUGGCUAAAACUGAUAAUCAUAUGCAAAAAAUUAGAGAAAAUCUGAUGAAAAAGCAAAUGAUUGCACAAAGGUCAGAAAAAGUAAGACAGAUGAGACAGCAGAGAAAGAUAAGCAAACAGAUGCAAGUAGAAGCAACUUUGAAGAAACAUGCGGAGAAGAGAAAAAUGUUAGAAGAGGUAAAAAAAUAUCGUAAAGGUAUAAGACAAGAUUUAGACUUUUUAGAAGAUAAGAAAAAACCUCAAUAUAAGUCUGGUAAUAGAAAGUUAGAUCCAAAGGUUCAAGCUAAGAUUAAGAUGAAAAAUGCUAAGUACGGUUAUGGUGGUAAAAAGCGUGAUAGUAAGAGGAAUACCAAAUCUAGUUCAGCGGAUGUUUCCGAAUACCGAAAACCACAAAAACCAGGACAGGGACGUAAGGGUAAAGGUGGAAAGACAAAACAGCAAAGGCCUGGUAAAAAUCGUAGAAUACAGAUGAAAGCUAGGAAAAAAUAAAAAUGUUUAAAUCGUAUUCUUAUUUUUAAGGAUGAUGAUGUACGAUACAUAAUAUAAAGAAAAAAAAUUAUUGUUUUUAAGUAUAUAUAUAUAUACACAUAGUAAUUAAACUCUUUGUACAAAAUAAAUAACCGAAUAAUCCUGAGCUAUUUA